AUGAGUAAAAAGGAGGCAAAUAAGAAAGGUCAUCCCCCUUCGGAGGUUGGGUCCAGCAGUAAGGCUCCAAGUCAUCCAAGGGGACCAGCUAUAUCUCGAGCUGAGGUAGACAAUGUUAGUAAACAGAUAGCUUUGUUGGGAAAGCAAAUUGAUGAGCUCAAGAAGCGGGGGGAAAUAGUGGCACACAAUCGCAACUCCCCUUUCUGUAACAAGAUACUUAUCGAAACGGUUAAUCCGAGUUUUAGGAUGCCAGAUCUUCCAAGAUACGAUGGAACACGGGAUCCGCAAGAGCAUCUAGCCGCCUUUGAUAUGGUAAUGAAUCUAUAUGGGCAGUUAAGUUCCAUAGUUGCUAAAUUGUAUGUUACCACGUUGACAGGGAAAGCUCAAGAGUGGUUCACGAAUUUGCCCUCGGGUAGCAUAGAGUCGCACGAGCAAUUGGUACAAAAAUUCGCAUUCCACUUUGCGAGGAAGAGAAAGCAAAAAAGAUCGGCCACACAUUUAUUCACCAUUCGGCAAGGGGAGAAUGAAAGUUUGAAAAGCUUCAUGGGGCAUUUCAAUAACGAAACGUUAGAGGUGCAGGAUCUCAGGAUAGAUAUGAUGACUAGUAUCCUUAUCCACGGGCUGAAAAAAGGAGUUUUUGCAUCUGCUUUAGCAAGGGACCCGCCAAUGGAUACAGAGCAGUUGAUGGCAUUGGCGCAGAAAUACAUUGAUGAAGAGGAGAUGAAUGCAAUGAAGGAUGAGGAAUGGAGGGUUACAUCAGAGCAGGCAAGAGAUGGAGGAUUUGGUAGAGAUCGAGAUGUGCGACCUAAAAGGGAGAAAGAAAAGGAACCACCUUACCAGUCGAAAUACAGUAAGUACACCCCUUUAAAUAUGACUAGGGCCAAAGCUCUCAUGUUGGUGGAAAAAGAUAAUGUAUUGAUAUGGCCGAAGCAUACAAGGAUCACUCCAGCUAAAAGGUAUUCGAACAAAUACUGUCGGUUCCACAGAGAGAAAGGACACGAUACAGAGGAGUGCUACCAGUUGAAAGAUGAAAUAGAGCGGUUGGUUCGACAAGGGUAUUUCAGGAGACAGAGUUUUCAUAAUUUUGAAGAAAAAAGACGUGAUCGAAGAGGUAGGUCGAGAAGCAGGGAUCGCAGGUCCAAUUGGGCAACUGAACGAGAGAACCAGAAAGUAGGAGAAAAUGCGCCUGUGAAAGGCAUCAUCCAUACUAUAGCAGGGGGAUCGGAGGGAUGGUCGAGAAGAGCUAGGAGGAGAUUCGAAAGAGAGAGUAGAUUGGAGCGACGCAAGCAAGUGGUAAAUAUGACGGGCAACCCCGAGAUCGUGUUCGGAGAUCGAGAUGCAGGUGCAAGGAUCGUAACAGAUAAUGAUCCGAUGGUGAUAAGGAUGGAUAUAGCAAAUUUCACGGUCCAUAAGGUUUUGAUAGAUAAUGGGAGUUCAGCAGAUAUAAUUUCAAAGAAGUGUUGA